AAAUAUUUUUUCUCACCAAGUUUGAAGUCUAAGUAUUGAGAAUUGCGGCUAAGUCUAUACCAAUUUCCGCGGUGUCGCGUUACACAGGCAUAACAAUGACACUCUUGAUACCUGAAGGAUGGAUGACAGACUGAAGGUCUCACGGUUUUGGGAAGAAAAUUUUUCUAUUAUUCAACAAACUAAAGAUGUUCAGUGUCCAACACCCGAGGAGGUUUAUUCCGACUUUAUUCUACAAACAGGGCUAACACAUAUUGAUUUGGACAAUUUUAAGGUUAUAACGUGCAGUCUUGGCAGAGGAAUACGCUUAAAUAAGAAACGUCGGAAAAACCAGAAACGAUUCUACAAUGUCGCUCCAAAGCGCAAAAAACUACGACCAGAAGAACAUGACUUUGAUUCCAAUGAACCGCAAGAGGGAGAAAGCGUUACUAGACAUGAGAACGAAUUGUUAGACAAUUAUCUAGAACAUCAAGGGUCGAUGCAAAUUAACGCAAUGACAGUUUCAGCCUUGCGAGAGAAACAAAAUGCACCAUCGAGCAGAAAACAAAUGUUUGAGAUUCUAAGGUGUAAAGGCCUUUAUAAGAAGUUUCCUAUGAGUAAGUUUGAAAAGUUCAUCUCAUGGCUCAAAUCGCCAUCUGGCGGCCAACUCGCAUGCACAGAUGAAAUAGCAAGUGAAGUUAGCAGAUUCCUAUAUUUUUCUUUUCCAACCAAGCUGAAAUGGAAUAGGCUGUUGGAUGCCAAAGCACUCAACAAUUAUCUUAUUACUACAAAAGAUGCUGGUUUAGGCCCUGAUGGGCUUAAAUCAAAGAUUGAAAGAAUUACAAUAGCCCUGAAAUUCCUCGGCCAUAAAAAACCAAAGAUUCACACGAAAUGCAAAAGAGCUAUUGCAGAAUAUUCUGAAUGGCUUAAGCCACUUGCAAAACAAAAAAAGGUUCUACGAAUGCAAAAUUCCUGGAGGAAUGAGUUGUGUGGGUUUAACCUAACCAUGGAAGAUAUAGACACAGCUGUCUCUGAACAUACAAUUGCUCGAUUCAUUGCAAUCAUGAAACGAGCAAUGUCAAAAAAGAAACUUACCCAAGAGGAGUACAGGCUUAUUGUUGAUACACUUAUCACAAUAACUAUAACACAGGAAAGUGCAAUAAGACCAGGGGCAUUUCAAUUUAUGACUUUGCAAGAAAUAGACAAUCCUGUAGUAUACAUAUCACCUACUGAUGGUACAGUAUACAAUAUAGUUUUUGUCUUAAAUCAUAAAACAUUCGCAACGCAUGGGCCACUUCCUGUGCCAUUUACUGAAACAGUAUGGAUACAGCUACAUAACUAUUUGAAAUAUGUAAGACCCCAGGCGAAACCUAAAUCACCCUACAAGCAAAAUGUGUUCUUGAAUGCAUCCGGACGAAUGUUAGCCAAGCCAGGAAAAUCUGUCACAAAAGUUACGAAGAACCAUGACAAGCACAUUACAGCAACAAAGAUUCGACAUGCGGUUGCAACAGCUGGGAAUGAACAGCUAACUGAUACGGAAAGACGGGCAAUAGCAAAAGGUAUUGGUCAUUCCAUGGAAGUGCACAAUAAAGUUUACACAGAUUUAACAAUUACCAAUGUCUGUGCAAGCAUCGAAGCGCAGCGAAAACUGCACAAGAGGGAAAAGAUUAACACACUGUGAAAAUAUGCAUGACUUAUUGUUGCCCAUUUGGUUAAAAAAUAAUCAUAGUUUAUAUAAACAAUACUUACAGAAGACAUUUUGGUGUAUAUACUCCAAUCCUCUCCCUUAGCACACCCAAAGGAAAUGCUAAAAGGAAAUACAGAAUGCAUAAGUUUCAUAUUUUGUUAGUUGAUAAUCAUUGAUAUAACAAUGGAUAAUUCUUAUUAAUAUGUUAAUAUACUCUAUUAAUAGUUUUUCUAUAAGCACUGUUCUUACAUAAAUUCCAUGUAAACUCUUAAAAAUGGUUGGAAUGGUAAUAAUUAGAAAUUGGAAUUUUUUUUAAAUAGGAAUUAUUAAUAUCAUUGUUAUUGUUAUAUUUCAAACUGAUCUCUAUAGCGAUGCCCUAGGAUGUAGCACUUUAUAUUCGCUGACUAAGCUUUUAAGCAAUUCAAUUACCAGGCUGAGCUACAUGUAAUUUUUAGAUUUAAAUAAAUCCCAUGAACCCAAUAGUCGUAAGAAAUAGAAGAAAAACAAAAAACGGGUGAAUUAGUGAUUUAAAACUGUAGCACUUUAAAUUCGCUGACUAAGCGUUUAAGCAUCAAUUACCAGGCCUCUUGACCGUGGGUUUUUGUCGUUGGACAAAAACCCACGGUCAGAAAGCCUGGUAAGGAAUUCUCACUGAUCGUACCGAUCUUUGCAAGAUCCGGCGAUAAUUCUUUGAAAUACAUGUAAUUUUUUUAUUUCAAUGAAUCCCAUCGACCCAAAUUACUCGCACGAAGACGUACAGUCGGAAAAAAAUGGAAAAAGAACACAAAAACCCGCAAAAAUUAGCGCAGGUUAAAACUGAUCUCUAUAUUAACGUUGUAAGCUGUAGCACUAUUAUAAUCCUUAUAAUUUGUGUCAUAAUACAAUGAAACUUCUUAGAUUAGACCGAUUCACCGAUCUAUUUGGAUUUUUGGAAUCAGUAACACCAUUAUAAUAUAUGAAUUGGUACAAUAUUUUAUGUAUUAUUACUACAUCUCAAACUUCAAACUUAAUGAACCAACUUCUAAUUACUAUUAGGUCAUCUAGCUUUAUUGAAUAUGUAGUUACAAAUACACCUGAGAAAAUUUCACAUUAUGGUGUUGUACACAUUGGAAUCAGUGGUCACGGUUUAGUUUACGCAAUCAGAAGAACUGGAGCUUUUCAUAAAGUUAAUGAUUUUGUUUAAAUUAGAAAUACGAAAAACUUUUAUUAGAAUAAUUUUAUGAAUGAACUUCUUAAUCAGAAUAUGUCUGCUUUUUUGGUGAAAACAAACAAACAACAUUAAUUAAGGGUCUCAUAAAUACAAGAGACAAAUUAAAAAGAAAACCAACUAUCACAAAGCUAUUUUAUAGCUGUAUGAGCAGUUUGCUUUACUUGUGUUAAAAACAUGACAAAGCUGAAUGAUGUGAGAUUUGUUUAAAGCAAUACGGCCCUGAAAUCUUGCAUUCCCUAUAUGCUAUUUAUUCCAAGUUAAUAAAAUGCGUCUCAUCCAUCCAAAAUGCAUUUGGGAAUGCUUUAUACACUAGGCACCAAAUAGCCAAAUG